AUGGCUGAGCCAAACGCAAAUGAUUCAAAUGUCAGCAGUGGUGGUGGUGAUGAUGGUGAUGUUGGCGGUGGUGGUGGUGGUGGUAGUUGUGGUAGUGAUAGUGAUCAAGAUUUUGAUCCAACUGCCGAAAUGUUGGUUAAUGAUUUUGAUGAUGAACAUACAUUGGAUGAAGAAGAAGCAUUAUGCGAUGAUUUCGAUGAUGAUGAUGAUGAUCUUUCAAAUAAAGAUGAGAUUGAAAAAUUGAAUCAAGAAAAAGAUAUUCCAAUUGAAGAAUUAUUACGAAUGUAUGGUUAUGAUAAACCAGCAACCACAGCAGCAACAACAACGACUUCAGAUAAUAAUAAUAAUAAUAAUAAUGAUCAAUCAACAUCUGAUUCAUCAAAUUCAAAUAAUUUGAAUAGUCAAACAAUGGCAACAGCAUCAUCAUCAACAGCAACGGCUAAUACAGCCGUCAAUAAUAUUAAUCAAUUAUUAUCUGAUUCAUCUGAUGAUGAUUCUGAUGAAGAUUUUUCAGUCAAUGAAGAUGAAUGGAGAAGAACCAUACAGGUUGGUUCAGAUUUUCAAGCUGUCAUACCAGAAGGAUUAAAACAUUACGAUGAUUCUAUUAUUGUUGGUCAUCAUCAUCAUAAUAAUAAUUUAUUAUUAUGGAAACCGAUAUUAUCUCAAUUGAAUUUGGAUGAUUAUUUAAUAGAAUAUGCUAAAUUAUCACUUUCAAAUGAUGAAGAUAGUAGUAGUAGCCUUAAUGAUUUUGAAUUACCAACUGGAAAACAUUUCAAAGAUGAUGAACAAGCACUAUUUACAUUAUUUCAAUGUAAAUAUGAUUGGAAAAAGGCACUAAAUUUACAUGAAAAUGAUGAUGAACCAAAGGCACCAAUUAGUGAACCAAUGACGCCAUGGACAGAAGAAGAAUGUCGUGCCUUUGAAAGUGGCCUUCGUGUUUUAGGUAAAGAUUUUUAUCAAAUUAAACAUUCACGUAUACCAACACGAUCAGUAGGCGAAGUGGUUUCAUUCUAUUAUCUUUGGAAAAAGACUGAAAGACAUGAUAUUUUUGCUAAUAAAUUUCGUAUUGAAAAGAAAAAGUAUUCAUUACAUCCAGGUACUACUGAUUAUAUGGAUCGAUUUUUGGAUGAACAAGAAAAUGUAUCAAUUAAUAUGCCAUUCAACAAUAAUAGUAAUACCUUAACAAUGUCAAAUCCAAAUGUCCAAAUAAAUGUACAACAGCCACAACAAACACAGAAUAAUUCCUCAUCAUCAAAUCAUCAUUCUCAUCAUCAUAAUCAUCAUCAUCACAGUCACCAUCAUAAUCAUCAUCAUGGUAUGAAUAUUUCGUCGUCUAAUCGACAAUCAUUACAUCAUCAUUCACAUCAUGCUCAACAAACAACAACACCAUCGUCGUCACAUUAUCACCAUCCUCAUCAUCAUCAUUCACAUCAUAAUACUAAUAGUAACAAUAUGUCACUUGGCCGAACUAUACAAGUUUCGAAUGAACCUCAAACAAUACUUAUUAAUGAUUAUCAUGUUUCUAGUAAUGAUGAUAAACCAAUUGUCGUAUGCACUAGCGGUGGUAUGGGAAGUAGUGGAUCAUUGAAUCGUGGAAAUUAUUAUGGAUCCACUAGUGGUUCAAUUAAUGAAUCAUCAUCAUCAUCAUCACCAAAUACGACAACAAUUGUUGUUGGAAAAAAUCCUGUUGUAAUUGAUGGAACAUGGGUAUCAUCUUCAGCUUCAUCAUCAUCAUCAACAACAACAACAGCAACUAAUCUAACACCAUCGGUAUCAAUCUAUAAAAUACCACAUACAUCAUCAUCAUCAUCAUCAUUUAAUCGUUAAACGGCCAUUGAUUUUUUCGUUUCUUUCCAUCACUUUUUUU